ACUAGGGGCUCUCGCGAAAGCAAGAGAGAGAGAGAGAGAGAAACAGAGGGGGGUUUAAAACGUCAGUGCGUGAAGCAGCCCUGCUGCCAGUCUACAACUACUGAUAUGUGCGACACUCGAAGAGUUUGCGCUCCCGUCAGGCUCGCGCACUGGAAAAAUGACCACCACAAACAUAUAAAAAGGCGGAUAACGGGGAUGAUUUAACUCAAAAUCCAACAAUAAAUGGAGUAAAGCGGACGCUUCGUCUCCUCUUUCAUCCCCGAGGAUAGCAAAGAUGAAGUGUUCCCUCAGUUUCCACGCACCUUUGGAUGCCACGCGCUCCUGUUAUCUCAUAAAGUAGCGAGUUUACCUUGACCGAAAGCAGGUGGGAUUCCACUCACAGGAGAGUUUUGUCGGACAUGGCACCGAGUCUUUGCUGUUUUGGAUACGGUACCGAGGGAGCCGCGUCUUUUUGAACGGAAAGCCUGUAGAGGGAGACCGACGAGAUGCGCUCCGACCACAGCUUCAUUCUGCUGCUCCUCAACGGGACAGCGUGCUUGCUGGCUCUAGGACAGGAAGAUACCCACUCCUCUUCCUAUCCCUCAUCUGCAUCAAAGUCCUCCUCCUCUUCAGACUCCUCCAAAACUCUAGGGGUUUUGGGAACUCAGGGUUCUAUAUCCCCCCUGAGCCGUUGGGUAAUGCACAGCCGCGGCCGUGCCGCCAACACUUCGACGAUGGAGCUGCCCUACCGCUCACCGGUUCCCUUUUCCAAACAGGAAUUCUGGGAAAUGUUGGGCAGCGACCUCCUUAAACCGGACGCGGACAUGCCGGGGAGCUCCCGCGUCAAGCGCCGCCCCCCGAUCGUCAAAACGGGCAAAUUUAAAAAGAUGUUCGGAUGGGGCGACUUCUACUCCAACAUCAAGACUGUGCGCCUCAAUCUGCUCAUCACGGGUAAGAUCGUGGAUCAUGGGAAUGGGACCUUCAGCGUCUACUUCCGUCACAAUUCCACCGGCCAGGGGAACAUCUCGGUCAGCCUGGUGCCUCCGGUGAAGGCGGUGGAGUUUGACUUAGAGCGCCAGAGCGUGGUCUACCCUAAAGACUCCAAGAUCUUCAACUGCCGUAUAGAUUACGAGAAGGUGGACCGCAGCAAACGCACCUCGCUCUGCAACUACGACCCCUCCAAGACCUGCUUCCAGGAGCAGACGCAAAGUCACGUGUCCUGGAUCUGUUCCAAACCCUUUAAGGUCAUUUGCAUCUACAUUUCAUUCUACAGCACAGACUACCGGUUGGUGCAGAAAGUCUGCCCAGAUUAUAACUACCACAACGAAAUGCCAUACCUGCCCUCAGGGUAGAGCUGUGGGGGCGUUGAGGAGGUGAGGAGGGCUGGUCUGGGGAAAGGGGUUAGCAUAUAAAUGAACAGUUUCAUUAUGGACAGAAGAAGAGGUGGGAUGCUGACCUAUGGGAUAUAUUCAAACAAUAUUAAAUGAAAGACAUUGAGCUGUCAUGGAAACGCCCCCUUAUGACCCGAACCUUCUCUGUGACCUGUAGUUAUCACAGGUGGUUCUAUAAAGGUGAAUGUACAGUGUUGGAUGUGCUGCAGUCGAUGUCUUGAAGAACCUUUUAACCUGGAAAAUGUGACCUGCAAAAACACAUAUAUGCAAAACCAAAUUGUCAGGCCCAGGUGAACAGUCUUUGCAGCUCAGGGUGGGUGGGGCCUCUACGUCAGCAUGACUCUGUGAUUGGCUGCCCUCAUCAGUGCUCAGUGUUAUAGUCUUCUUAUACAUACUUGCAAACAAACAUUCACACCCCUGGGACGAUGAAAAACAUACAUACUGGUUAUCAUAGUCAACUAUGCAGAGGUGGAAGAGGUUAUAUCUUUUUUUGCAGUUAGAAUCGCAUAAGAUAUUACCACACAUACAAUACACCGCAUUGACACCGGUUUCCACCUUUGUAUAUUAAAAACAGAAAAUAAUGACAUGGAAAAUGAAGUAGAAAGAAAGAAACUGAAAAUAAAAUAUGACCUUCCCUUAUAUCAUUGAGAAAGAGGGAGAAAACAAAGGCUGGGCAGAAAGCACUUUAAUUAAAAAACUGUACAGAGAAGAAGAGAUGUCGAGUCUGCAUUGAACCAAUCUCUCCAUUGUUUCCACUGUUACGAAAGCGCAGAAAACACGUUUUGUUUGCUCAGGAUUCCUGACUUAGCUGAACGCAGGUUUGCUACGUCCUUGUCUGAAUGUUUCCUCGCAGUCAGCCAGUUUAUCUGUGACAAAAGAGAAAUACUGUUCUGUUAAUUUUGCAUAAUUUAAUCACAUUGCAUUCUGAAAUGUACCUGCUUCAGGUGAUCUCUAGAUCUUUAGGCUUUUACGUUAACCUUCUAUGAGAAUACAGUAAAAAUACAGUAACUACAAUGAAAUGUUAUUUAAUUUCUGAGACCAAAAGUUUAAAAUGGGAGAUGAAUAAAAAAGCAAAUGAUUUCAAAACGGAAAACAGAACAUGCAAACUGAAGUUGUCAAGAGACAACUGGGAAAAAAGGAACAGAAAGAGUGGAAUGAUGGGAGGUAAAAGACAGCAGUGGGUGUUAUGACAUCUACAGCAGGUGGGCAUGACAAAAAGGAAGAGAAUAUGAAAGAGAAAUAGGUGACGCACACAAGAGAACAUAUAAAAAAAACACAGAUGAGAAAGGGACAGAAUGAAUGUAAGAGAGUAAGUCGAGAUACAAAAAAAACCAGAAAAACAAACUCCUGAUGCUAAAUAAAGAAACAUAAAAGCACAAUACGGAACAUCAAAGUGUCUCACAAAGAGUUCAGGGAAAGCAGCGUUUUAUGAGUCCAUGAAAAAACCUUUUUGCCUGAAGUUAAAUUCAGUACGAUGAAUAUAUCCCUGUGGGGUUCUGUGCAAUUUAGUGAGUUAUGAAGAUGGAAACAUUCUCGUGGAUAGAUCAGUUUAUCUGUGUUCUUUAAAGACAUACUAUUUAUUCCCCUCUAAUCUCUAAAAUUGAUUGUUUUACAUACAGGCUCAUUACACAAUUCCUACAAAGAACUUCCUUCCAUCAGAGUCCUGUAACACUGACAAAAGCACCAUUACAACACCGUCAUUGGGUCUCAUUUAGUAAAAUAUGAAACUAAAUUAAACUACUACAACUACUUGUGACCUUAUAUUUCAGAGCAACACAUUGUUGGUUUAUAGCUUGAGUUGAGAAACUGUUUCUGUGCACAAAAGAACAUGUAAACCUUAGUAAAUGAGACCUAAUGUGUUAUGUAAGGGAUAAUGUACAGGCAGCCGGUUGUUAUCGCAGAAAUAAGCCCCAACAGUGUGAUCAGGAUCCGACGCAAAGCGGAAAUAAGGGGCUUAUUUCACAAAAACAGCCGGCUGCUUGUACAUUAUCCUGCUUAUUACACAGCUACUUGACACAUGAGAAAAAAUGAAUUUGAAAUAUUUUAUUAGCUCAUUUUUACCGAAUGCAGAUCUUCCGCGAGGAAAAGCCGUUUACUUUCGUUUUAAGGUAAGAAACGACGUUCAAAUGUCACGAACAGGCAAAUUGGUUUAAUCAUUUGUCAUUAUAAUGUCAUAUAUGUUAUUAAAAGACAUAUUUAUAUUUAACUUGUCAAAAAAAACUGUCAAAAUGUUUUGAUGCAUCCGGGUUACCGUGUGUUAUUCCCAGACAACAACCUCUUAAAACUAAUAACGAACCUGCAAAUGUUGCUACUGGCCAAUCAGAAUCAAGCAUUCCAACGAGCCGUGUAAUAAGAAGUGCUUAAGCUGGUGGAGGAAGUGUUACCAGCUAACUCAAGGUUGUAAUGAGAGAUCUAAGAAUGUUUGAUCUGGACCGUAAUGCUUUCUGUGUCACAGCUAAAAAGUGUAACCACAUUUGUCCAGUCUGGUCAUAUGAAAUUUGCCUACAGAUUCCCAGAACACAUACUGACACAUGGAAAUAAAGCACCGUCAGUGCUCCAGGCUUUGCCCAGUGCAGCGAGUCUGGUCUGCCCUGCUGCUGAACUGUGCAGUGGUCUCAAAGCUCUCUGCUCUCCUCUCCCUGAGGUGUCGAUCUGGACUGAGCUUCCUAAUCUCCUGCAGUUUAACUAAACUACUGUCUGGGCCGGAGCACACACAGACACAUCCACCCUCCCUCACAGAUGCGUGAAAUUGCUUAAGUGGGAUUCAUUUCUUUGUUUUUGUUUCAUUUCUUUGUUUUGUUUCUCAUUUUUGUUUUUCUUUUCCUUGUUUCUUUCUUAUUCUCAAAUCCUUAAUCAUCCUCAGCAAAAGCCCAAAUAGUUUUCUUCCCCUCCUCAUGGUAACACAAUAUUAAAUUGAAGCCUUAUACCCUCCUCACCCACAGCUAACAUCAAAACAUUGAGUGUUCUCCUGGCGCCCUACAAUGGGAGUUUGCUUAUUAGUGCAUGUGCGUUAAACUGCUGUUCACAACAUUGUUAAACAACUUACAGUAUUCUCACAUUUCACCGUGUUCUUUAAUGAGGAUGUGACAUUACAAAUGAAUGUUUUUAAUUUCUAUCAAGUAGCAGUAGCAUAUCGAAAGCAACUUACACUCAAAGCUGGCUGCCAAUCAGUUUUUUCUUGUAGAGCCCCGACAGGAAUAGAUUCGUUUCAUUCAAGGGAAAUUCCUACAAAACAUCUCAGAGAUCUCCCUCUGACUGCAGAAAGAGGGAUAAGACACUGUCACGCACUGCUGGGCGUUGCCAAGGCGAGGAUAAAAGUUGAAGUGGAGGAACUCUUCAGUUGUCAUAGCGACAGGCUCCUUGGCUGGCCUUUCGGGCUUGGACAGAGCAUGGGACACCUGGUCGAUCCGUAGAACCAGAACUGAGCAAAUGGGCUCUGUAAGCAGCAAACUGUGUAAUGAAACGUGUACUGAAUAGACAUAUACUGCACAUAAAUAUAUAAAUAAAUGAAUAAAUAUAUAUAUAUAUAUAUAUACAGUAUAUGUAUAUAUAUACAAAUAUAUACAAUAAUCGAACUCUUGGGAAUUCUAUGAAGCUGUAUUACAUGUCAGACAUACAGUGGACUUUUCUCUGGUUCAUCUGAGGCUUAUCUGUUUAUUUCUCUAUUUUUUACAUUGUUUAUUUUACGUGUGUGUCAUGUUGAUAUAGUGUAUGGAUGACAAUGGUGGCAUUUAUUGUGGUUUACUGACAUCUGACAAAAAAACUGAAUAAAUUAUAAGGAAAGCACUGAGCUUGGCUGCCGAGCUCAGAGGGCUGAAGUGACUGCCGUCUCAGGUCUCGUCUUGUUUUGACUGGUGAUUGACACAGCGGGUGACAUGAGCAUGACAUGAAAGCCUAUGUUAUCUGUCUAUUUGCAUACUUGUACUCUGUGCCCGUGGCAAGAAGCAGUGAAAUAGGAGGCAAUAGUCCACAGGGACAAAGAGUAACUGACACACUGCAUACUAUACAAUAAACUGCACUUUACGUACUUUCAACAUGAACUCAAAAUGUCUACUCCUCAAUGUUUUUUUCUCUUUCAUUUCUCUGUUUUUUCUUCUUUCUUUUUGUUCAUUCUGUUUUCUUUCUCUGCCUUUUCUUCUAUUCUUUUUUCUCGGUCUGUCUGUUUUUUCUUAUAUUCAUCGCUUUCCUUUCUUGUUUCCUUUAAUUUAUUCUUUGUUCUUUUCCAUUCCGUUUUUCUUCCGUCCUCCACAUUUCUUUACCUUCCCUUCUUUGUCUUUCUUUCAUCUAUUAUACCCACUUUCCCGCUUUUCUUCUUGUCUUACUUUCUCUAUAGUUUUGUACCCAUAAUUUGCAUUAAAUCUGUCCAAAAUCAUAAUUAAAUUUGACUUUAAACUAGCAUGCAGAUGAGCUUAAACAGGCAGAGAAUGAUGUCGUCGUAAAGCAGAUCAAUUACCAUCUUGUAGCUGACAGGGACCUCAGCCCCUCCCUUCAUCACCCCCCCCCCCUGUCUUUUUGUUUCAUCAUCCCUCUUCCCGAUCCAAUCUCUGGUGCAGCCUGCCUGAGGAUAACCUUGCAGAUAGUGAUGAAGCUGCUCUAAUUUAAGCUGCGCUCCCUCUCAAACUCACGGUAAUAGCUAAUUCAAACCAAACCGGCGGUGGUGCCCCACUGUAAAUCAGAUAUAGCGAGAGAGAAUAAAACAGACAAAAAAUGCACAUGAAAGAGUGUGAAUGGUAAAAGUUAAUAAUAAAAGUUAAUGAUGGAGUUGAACAAAACUAUUGGACAAAAAGACAGGGCUGUUAAACAUGCCAACAAGCUAAUCAAGUUAAUAAAUAAUUACCCUGUAUCGAUGCUUAUAAUGACGGUUUCAUUGGAUGCACAUGCCUGGCCCGAAGUAAACUUCCGGUCUGUGUUUGGUUAUUGGUUUGGCUAAUGUAACAAUUUAUAUUUAAUGUAUAUUUUCAUUAAUUUAUAUGAAUAUUGUAUCUUAUAAUAAUUGUAUUAACUUAUUAAAAGAGUUAUUCAUUCUUUGCGAAGGUCUAACAUAAGUAAAAUUUUA